GUCAAGACGCACAGAAACAAGCACCCUUAGCGCCCGAAUAAUUGAAGUAUGUUAAACAAGUGCGAUGUCAGUCUCACUCAAGGGUGCUAGUAUUAACUCCGGUUCUACUUUUGAGCAGAAGUUACUAAAUGUAGCUUUGUCAGCCUAGCUAGUACAUCGAUUCCUAUAUGAGCGAAGUCCUUUGCCGGGUCGGACGCAUGGGCGCUGCAAAAUUCACCAUAUGCUGGCCUGCAGCAUGCAAGGAUGCUGCUUUUUCGCGCGGCUGGUGUUAUCAGGUCAUUCUUGCAUGGCUUCUGGUGGGCCUGGCCGCUGUGACGCUGCUGCCGCGAACAGGGACUGUUCAGGGCAUUGCCUGCCCGCUAUGUUCGCUUGUUGCGACACUUGCGGCCGUGGCGAUCUUCGCUACGUAUCGAAAUACAGAUGUCAUCCAAUCCAUGGCGAUUGGCGAUGCAACGCGGACUGCGCGGACGGAGCAGCCACAGCGCACGAGCACCCGUAUCAUGGACAGCCCCGGUACUAUCGUCCCGCGUACCGAUGACUCGCAAAACUCGCAACAACAAAAGGACCAUGCCCACCUUGUUUCACAGCAAGGUACGCCGCCUACUGCAGCAUACAGACUUCACUCCGGAGCCUCCUCGCCCAAUGCCACGCCUUCUCACACACCAGUCCCGCAUCUCGCCACCCACCAACCCACAUCGCAGCCGCCCACUCUCCUGCCCGUCAUUACUACGCAACGCACCUCCUCAACCGCUCAACCCAGCAAGCCCAACAGCUCCAAGUACAGCUCCACGGUCCUCAGCGGCGCCUCCUCACCCAUCUGCCUGCUGACGAAAGCUGCCAACAGCUCCAGCACGUGCACCUCCCACAGCAUUAGCAGCAGCAGCAGUGACAGCAGCAGCGACAGGGACAUCAUUUUGCACGUCCCGCACUCACCGGUCCCGUGCAUAGGAUCCCGCCGCUUGGCCCCCUCGGCCCCGCCGGAAGCUUUUUCCCCCAGCGGUGCCGCGAUACUUUGCCGCCGCCGCUACAUGCGCUACCAACGCAACGCCAACGCCGUCAUCCGUGGCAUCGGCUGCAAAGCCCACAGCAGCCCUCCAGCAGCAGCUGAUGCUGCUCCUCCUGCAGACCUCUCACUACCUGCAUCCGCAGCUGCUGCGGUGGCAGCACACGGGGAAGGCGCUGAUGCACCCCUAACACCCCAAACGUACAUCAGCAGCUGCUAUGGUGAAGCAGGGGAUAAUGCUACUGGUCGUGCUGUCGGGGGUGGCUGCUGUGUUCGCGUGCCGCUACACCUGAAGCUGCCCCACCUGGAGCCGCAGCAGCUGCCGCCGGGCUUCCUGGCCGCCAUCAACAAGGCGCUGCGGGGAGCGCGGCAUGGAGGCGACGUUGACGGUGGCAGCAGCAGCAGCAGCAGCGGUGGAGGCUUGCUGGUGGUGGGCGCUGCCGUGCGUCACGGCUGCGUGGAGUUGACGCUGGACCUCAUGGAACGAGUCGCACCGCACCGACCCGCGGGUCGCCUCGCCUGCAUCACCGACCCAGACGGCAGCGGCAGCGGUGGCGUGGGACGCCCAGGUACUACCGGUGGCAGCCCAUCCUCGGGCGGCGCGGCUCCGCAGCAGGGUCUCGAGUCGCAUGAGCGGUGGCUGCUGGAACUGCCUGCGCUGAUUAUGGAGGCGCUUGGGGUGCCUCCGCCGCCGCCUCCGCCUGAGGAGGGGGUUUCGGAGCCGGAGGCAGCUGUGGCAGCAGCAGCCGCCGAGGGGGCUUCCAGUGGGGAGCGCGGCGAUGAGGAGGGACGGAGUCAGCAGCAGCGACGGCGACAGCAGCAGCAGCAGGUGUUGGUUCAGUACGGAGGCGCGUGUUGGAGCCUAGUUUGGGACUCGCCCGGGUCGCAGUGGCGGGUGGUGACGGGGGAGGAGGAGGUGGAGGAGGGUGAGGGGGAGGAGGCGGGUGGGCUGCGGUCGCAUGCGGGUAUGCAGCAGCAAGGCAGCGACGCCGUGCUUGGAGGCAGCGGGAUGGUGUUGGGAGGCAACAGCGGAGGAGGAGGAGGAGCGGCGCUGAUAGGGUCGCCGCUGGCGGUCCUCGCGGCCGUGCAGCUGGCCGCUGCCGCUGCUGCAGAUAUGACGUGUGCGGCCUCAGCCGGCCCCGAAGGAGAUACAGCGGAGGCGGAGGAGGCAAGGCAACGGCGCUUUUUACGAGUGGACCUUAUCGUGCAGGGCCAGGCUGACUUUGAAGGUUUGGGGGCCCCCGCCACGGGAGACGACAGCACGCCUGGCAGCCAACCGCGCCAACAUCAUCAACAGCAGCAGCAGCCUCUGCGGUUGAUUGCCAAAGCCAACGGCCGGUCCGUCCUGCUACCUGUCCUGUCUGCCACGCCCAUCUCCUCCCCCUCCUCCUCCUUCCCCUCCCCCGUCAUGACCUCAAGCCUACCCACCGACGUACCCACCGACGCGCCCGUGCCCCUCUGGGCCGUCUGCGCCGAACUCGAUCUGGGUCAGCUGGCCGCCGGCCGCCCCGCCUCCUCUCCCGGUUGUGUGGUGCGAGUGGAGCUCUGGCGGGGGCGCCGCGUGCUGGACGCCGCGCGCAUCGCCUGCCUGCGAGAGGGCGCCUGCGUGACCGAGCUGCGGGCGCUGCAACAUCAGCUGGCAGCAGCAGCAGCGGGAGCGGAACCUCAGGAAUGGGAAGGGGGAGAGGAGGAGCAAGGAUGGUUUUUGGUUGCCCAGCAGCAGCAGGAGCAGGAGCAACGGCAGGAAAUGCAGCAGCUGCUGUCGGACCUGGGUGCAUGGCUGGACUUCGCAGCGGCGGUGACGGACGCCGCCCCGGCAGGUGCGGCCGUUGCAGCAGGGUCGAGGAGUGCAGGAAGCUGCUUUCAGCCCACGGCGACGUCCCACGAUGCCGGCGAUGUGCAGCAGGUGAUGCUCAAUGGCAACGGCGACGGCGGCAGCGGCGGUGACGUCAGCGAGGCCGACCCGUUGGACUUAUCGGAGCAGUUGCGGGGCGUGCUGUGCAAGCCGGACGCGCGGCGCACGCUGCUGGGCGCGGGGCGGCACCUGCUGGGGCACUUUGUGUUGCAU